UAUAUUUAUCAUCUGGACGUUUGUCAUCUGGACGUUUGUAAUCUUAGAUAUUAUCCUCAAGGCGGUGGUGAAGUCAUUUUAAAUGUGGACCCUUUAGUCGAACAAGCUUUAAAGCCAUUAAGUAUGAUCAACCGCGGUAACAUAAUUAAUAUUAAAGGGCGCGUGACCAUUGCAAAUUUUCCAGAAGAAGUUGCUACCAAAAUAAUUUCGGGCGUAUCUCAAGUAUUCUCUAAUGAAAGGUUACCGGAGCUUAAAAAUAUUAAGCCAGACAUAGAAAUUAAUAUUGAAAAGAUCGCUUCUGGCAAAGGGCAAUCACCAGUGAAUACAGGAAAGAUAGCUGCUGAAAGACUUUUAAAUAAUAUCAAGCAUGGUGGAUGUGUAGAUGAGUAUCUUCAAGAUCAAUUGAUUAUUUUUAUGGCGAUCGCAGAAGGAAAAUCACAGAUUGUUACUGGUCCAGUUACUCAACAUACUCGUACAGCUAUACAUUUUGCUGAAGUAAUGUCUGGUGCUAAGUUUAAUAUAGAAGAAUAUGACAAACGUCCAGAUGACAAACGUCCAGAUGAUAAACGUCCAGAUGACAAACGUCCAGAUGACAAACGUCCAGAUGAUAAAUGUCCAGAUGACAAACGUCCAGAUGACAAACGUCCAGAUGAUAAAUAUACUGUUG